ACCCAUUUUUCAAACCCCUAGUCUCUGUUUAAGAAAUGGGCAAUGCUGCUUCUUGUACUCCUUCCUUGAUAGCCAAUGGGGUCUUUAAGGUCCUAUACUUAGAUGGGAGACUAGAGGCAUAUACAAAACCAAUGAGAGCUGCAGAACUCAUGCUAGAAUACCCUGGACAGUUUGUUUGUGACUCCAGCUACCUCAAAGUAGGUCACCGUAUUCAAGGGCUCUUAGCUGAUGAAGAACUUGAAAGGCGCAAAUUUUACUUCCUUCUACCAAUGGAACUGCUAUACUCCGUGCUAACUCAUGAAGAAAUGAGCUCUCUUAAUUACAAAGCAUCCAGGGCAAUGAAGCAUAGUAGUUUCAACAAUUUGGCAAAGAUUUUUCCAGUGUUUAGUGAGCUUUGUAUGUUUCCUUCAGAGACAAAGAGAUCAGAAGCUGAUAGUCUGGCGGUGAGUGAGCCUGAGCCUGAGCCAGUUGAAAGGUACUCAAAGCAGAGAUCUUGGAGACCAGCACUGGAGACCAUUGAUGAAACUCCAUAA